GCGAGGCAGAGCGGGAGCGCGCAUGCGGGAGUGCAACGGCGGCGGUUAACGGCAGGCCCGGGGCGCGCGGGCCUGAACGCUGAGCCGGCAGCAUCUCUGACAUCCUGACGUGCUUCUCCGGGACCUGACUGCCAAGGCCACCGUCUCUCUGACGCCUCUGUGCUCCCGGAGCUCCGCAGCUGCAGCAGAAAGAAGUUUCUCCUUGGCUUUACGUGGAGCAGCGAGAGAAACUCGGGCACCAUGAAAACGAUGACAGGAUCAAACGAGUUCAAACUCAAUCAAACUCCAGAUGAUGGGAUUUCAUCAGUAAAGUUUAGUCCAAAUACAUCUCAGUUUCUGCUUGUUUCAUCCUGGGACACAACAGUCCGGCUCUAUGAUGUCCCUGCCAACACCAUGAGACUCAAAUAUCAACAUUCAGGGGCUGUCCUGGACUGUGCUUUUUAUGAUCCUACCCAUGCCUGGAGUGGAGGGUUAGAUCAACAACUGAAAAUGCAUGAUCUAAACACAGACCAAGAAAACCUUGUUGGUGCCCAUGAUGCUCCUAUCAGGUGUGUUGAGUAUUGUCCAGAAGUGAAUGUCAUGGUGACUGGAAGUUGGGAUCAAACAGUUAAACUGUGGGAUCCCAGAACUCCUUGUAAUGCAGGAACCUUCUCUCAACCUGAAAAGGUCUACACACUUUCUGUCUCUGGAGAUAGACUGAUUGUGGGGACAGCAGGUCGGAGGGUGCUGGUGUGGGAUUUGAGGAACAUGGGUUAUGUUCAGCAGCGAAGAGAAUCCAGUCUGAAGUACCAGACCCGCUGUAUCAGAGCAUUCCCAAAUAAACAGGGUUAUGUUUUAAGUUCUAUUGAAGGUCGUGUUGCAGUGGAAUAUUUGGAUCCAAGUCCAGAAAUCCAGAAGAAGAAAUAUGCCUUCAAAUGUCACCGUUUGAAGGAAAAUAACAUUGAGCAGAUUUAUCCAGUUAAUGCUAUUUCUUUCCAUAAUGUCCACAACACGUUUGCUACAGGAGGUUCUGAUGGAUUUGUAAACAUUUGGGAUCCCUUUAAUAAGAAGAGGCUGUGUCAAUUCCAUCGGUAUCCCACCAGCAUUGCAUCCCUUGCCUUCAGCAAUGAUGGAACCACCCUGGCUAUAGCUUCUUCCUAUAUGUAUGAAAUGGAUGACAUUGAACAUCCUGAAGAUGGUAUCUAUAUUCGCCAAGUGACAGAUGCAGAAACAAAACCUAAGUCUACUUAGACUGUUGGAGAUACUUCUUCUCUACAAGAGGUGCCCACCUGCUCCUAACAAGACUAAACUAAAACAAUAGAAGUGAAAAGAGCAAACUUUGUACUGAUACUGUUUUUAACUAAGAAGUAUUUGAUUGUAUAUUGUAGUACAUCUUCUGUCAUUACUUGCUUCCUUAGAAUAUUAGUGAAACUUUUCUUUAUCUGCUGUCUGUAGUUGAAGCCUGUAGAUAACUUUGCCUAUACCUUUAUAAAACUCACCACAUUUUGUAGUAUCUAAUAAUGAAAAACUUCCAAUAGUCUCAUAAUUGUUCAAUAAAUAUCUUUAGGUUUUUGGAAAACAAA